CGGUCACACAAAGAAUUGAUUGACGUCGAAGUUAUCUUAACUGUGUCAGAAUAUACUGUAUAUUAAAAUAAAAUAUUUAUUUUAAAAUUUAUAUUACACAUAAUAUUAAGAUGGGAAGAAGAAAGUCGAAACGAAAGCCACCUCCAAAACGGAAAAACAUUGAACCUCUUGAUCAACAAUUUAAUUGUCCAUUUUGUAACCAUGAGAAGUCGUGUGAAGUUAAAAUGGAUAAAGGAAGGAAUACUGCAAAAAUUACCUGUCGUGUCUGUUUGGAAGAUUUUCAAACUGGAAUCAAUUUUCUUUCAGAACCUAUUGAUGUCUACAACGAUUGGGUGGAUGCCUGCGAAACUGCCAAUUAAACUUACAUACAUACAUACAUUCAUUUUAAAAACAUUAUCUACAUUUAAAUUAAGUAGAAAAAGUAAUAUAGAAUUUUAUAAAUAUGGAUAA